GCUAGUAUACAGCACAGGAUUCACUACUUUAUUAUUGUCUGACCCAUUCUGACAGUUCGUAGGAAACACCAAGUGUUUCCUCCUCAAUCAUGUCGCUAAUUCUCGACCAUUCGCCGAGUGAAAGCGAGUGUUGACUCGUUAAUUAUUCAGUUUCUAGUUUGAUGCUGUCAAAAUAAGCAAUCAUACCGAAUAACUCAAAUCGGCCUAAAUCACUACUGGAGAGAGAGCGUCUGCAGAAAUAAAUAAAACAAACGGCGGGAGUAACAACAGCAGUGACUCCGAUUGGAUGUACGAGAGUCUUAAGAACAAAGCGAAAAUCAUUGAUAAAAAACCGGCAAACAGUAUCACCAGAGUUACCGACACCUGAUAAACCCAAAAUCACCUCCACCGAGGUGAUAAUGAAUUCGUCUGAUGCCACAAUUUCAAGUAACAAUCCUCUACCUUACACUGAUUUCAAUGCAAAUUUCGGUGGCCAUCGGGAAUUUAAUAGAAAAUUCGUGCAAAACCCAUUCGGUCUAGUCUGCAACAUCUGCGACCGCCUCUGGUUCAAAAACGACCUGACGAGGCUUCCUAAUCACUUCAAAAGACUAGUCUCCGUAGACUUCCCCGAGGCGGACCUAGACAACAUGAUAAUCUGCAAACAUUGCACGACUUCUCUGAGUUACAAUCACAUCCCCAUCUUCGCUAAAUCUAAUGGAUUCCAAUAUCCAGAGAGACCAGAUUAUCUUCCUCAGUUGGAUCCAAUAUCAGAGAGGCUCAUUUCUCCACGAAUACCCUUGAGAAAAAUCCAAAGACUACGCCAUGUGAAUACUCACUUUGAAAAACUCAUUCAGAUUAUCAAUAUUCCGGUAGCAGAGAAUAAUAUGGUUCACCAUUUGCCUAGAGAUAUGAAUGAUGUCUAUUGUACUUAUGUUGAUAUCGAACGAACGCAAGUUCGGAGAACGAAUCAUUUCACUGAGACGGUGAAUAAACAAGAUAUCGUCACCUGGUUACAAUAUUUAGCCACGUCCUCCCUCUAUAAGACCCAUGACAUCACGAUUGAUGAGUCCUUCAAUGAUACAAAAUCAAACAGCAAAGAAAGAGAUAACGAAAUGAUUUAUCAUCAGCCAAAUAGAGACAGUGUCAUCGCAGAACAGCAUACACUGCUAUGGAAUAUCGACAAGUACCUCAACAAAAACGACAAAGAGGGUGAAGAUGCUGAUCGCAGAUUAUACGAUGGAAACGCUGAAGAGCUGUCCUUCCCCUGUAUUUAUUUCGGCCAACCUAGAGUCUUCAAAGAAGGUCUGAAAGUAACACCUUCUAUGAUAAUCUCCAGUGAACUGACGCGUGCUGAUCGUCGUGGUGUAACUCCAGAUCAUCUCCUCUACAUGGCGAUGAAGAUAAUGAGAUUACGAGUUCGUGAAACUCUCAAUUCCGCCUGUAGUAAUGCAGAGGGAGAUACCAACACCGUCAAACAACAGAUUCUAUCAGAAGAGACUUUUGACCAGUGCCUUGGAAGCAAUCUUGGCUUCUUAAGAUGCAUACCGAAUUCGAUUUGGUUUUGGAAAGAACGGAAGCGAGACCUUCUUGCCACUAUGAGACAUUUGGGGAGGCCUACAUUAUCGCUGACUAUCAGUGCUAAUGAAAUCAGUUGGAUUCCUCUGUUGCAGCUAUUGUACAAACUGAGAAAUAACGGCAAAGGAAUUUCGGAAGAGGCUGCUUCGGCAUUGAAUUACGUCGAGAAAAGUAGAUUGGUAAAUGAUGAUGUGGUAACGUGUGUGAUAUAUUUCAAUAAGCUAGUUAAUGUGCUCAUCUCUCUUCUUCGGGGUCAAGAUGAUAAUCCGUUUCAAAAGUAUCGUGUCAUCCAUCAUUUCCAGAGAAUUGAGUUUCAAUAUCACCGAAGUCCUUGCGUUCAUAUCCUCUUUUGGCUGGAAAAUGCACCGAAAGAUCCACUCGGCGCUGACAAAGAGGCUGCCAUUUCCUUGAUAGAUCAGCUCAUGUCAGUGGCAACAAGAGAGGCUUCAGGGCAUAUCGAACUCCAAGCGCACAAACAUACUUCUGCAUGCUACAAGAAAGGAGCAAUACGGACUUGUCGGUUUCAUGCGCCGUUUAUGCCGUGUCGAUCCACUAUGAUCUUAGAGCCAAGUGACAAAACAGGACCUGAAUUCAUGAGGAAUGCGAGACAUUUUGAGAACAUCCGGAAGAAUUUGGAGAACUGUUCCUACUCGGACUUGGCUACAUUUUACAAAGCUAAUAAGAUAUUUUCAGACGUACAGUAUGUCAAUAUUCUUCGAACAGGAAUCACUCGGCCAAGAGUUUUUCUGAAACGCGAGCCCUCUGAAAAGUGGCACGAAGCCUUUAAUCCUUUCAUUCUCAAUGUCCUCCAAGGACACAUGAACAUACAAUUCCUUCCGGACGAACGAUCUUGUGCUGAUUUCGUUGUGGAUUACGUAAAUAGGACUGACAGGGGCAUCACUGAGCUGCAAGACAAGAUCAUAGAGAUAAUGGAUCAGAAUUCUGAAUUGAAAUUGUCCGAGAUCUUCAGGCGAUUGAGUGGUGAUCUGCUGAAUACCGUUGAAUUCACGAGUCAAGAGGCGGCAUGGUACUUGCUUCGUGAACCUAUAUCCAAGAGUUCUUCUACGAUAGCGCAUAUUCAAACUGUAUGGCCAUCAGCACGACAAGCGAUACGAAGGAAUUAUGAUGAAUAUGGGGAACUAGAGAUAGAGAAUGAAAAUUUCUGGAAAGAGAGUUGGUUCGUUAUGUAUGAGAAACGACCUGCUGAUCUCGAAACGGUCACACUUGCUCAAUUCGUUGCCCACUACACACGGAACUUCAGCAACACCGCGUAUGUGAAACGGAAAACUCCACGUAUAAUUCGUUAUCAAAAUUACAACCGGUUCACGCGUCUUAAAGACUACAAGCGAGAAAUGGUAACGCUCCAUGUACCUUUUCGCAAUGAAAAGCGAGAUGUCCUCGCUGAUAGGAAAUUCCUUGAGCUUUAUGAUAAACACCGGCAAGUGAUUCGCGCCAAUCGAAAGGAGUUCGAAUCAGAUAUGGAUAUCCAGGCAAUUAUGGAUAGAUGUAAUCAACUCUGCCGAAAGGAAGAUGUCAUCGACGAUGAGAUUGAUGUGAAUUACCUGGGGGCCACUAGUACAGAACAUGAUCCAUUCGAGGAGCUAUAUAAUCCCAGAAAUGCCGCGAUCACUAAUUCUAAAUAUUCAGGAGUCAACAAUCAGUUCGAAUUCAUGGCUGUGGAUGAAAUUAGCAGUGAUGUGGACAGUCAGGAGAAUUCGUUGGAUGAUGUAUCAUCCUGCGAGCCAGUGUUCAUAUUGCCUGAGGAAAUAGAGAUCCAUCCUAUGCACGGUAUGUUCAGACUCCUCACAGGAAAUGACUCACCAUUUGACGUGUUCCUGAGUGGUCCAGCCAAUUGCAAGAAGAUCUUCAUAAGUCGCCUACUCAUGGAAAUCUAUAAUUGCCAUGAGAAAAGUGGCACUUGCAAUGUGUACAUGAAUCUUGGAAUAACUGACAAGUCUGAAAUGCUGGUUAAUCAAUCAACCACUUAUACUGCUUUGUCAGUUUCCUUUGCUGAUGUUCUCAACUUGUCUCCUGAGGCCUCACGAAAAUAUCGGGAUUUAUUCGAAUACGUACAGGUAUUGAUAAUAGGAGAUAAUAAUGAGAUGAAUGGAUUGCUGUUGUCGCAGAUUGAUAAAAUUCUCAAACAACUGACCAACAAUUCCACUCUUCAUUUCGGUGGAAUCGAUAUAAUUCUGACUGGUGAUUAUAAGAAAUUGCCCGAGCUUCAGUGGAGAAGUAUUCAUCUUGUUUGGGAUGAACUCAAAUUUUUUGAUUUGACAAAAAUCAUAUCGCAGUCGAAUCGCCUGUUCUCAUUAUUGUUAUCAAAAAUUGGGCGCAAUGUAGAUUUGGAUGAGGCUGAGUUACAACUGCUUGAAUCUAGAUUCUUUUCCCGAGAAGAGGCCAAUCGAGUGAUACCCGAUGGAGUUCAUCUCAUGUUGUCGGAAGAAGCCGUUGAUGAGUACAAUAAAUCUAUCAUCAGAUCCUCCAAAGAUAAAGUAAUCUCGGAGGCGAACGACACUCACAUCUCUGAUGACAAAAUAGAGCAGAGGCAAUCGAUCCAAUCACUCCGUGAUGUGCCACUUGCUCAAGCCGGGGGUUUACCGUACGAAAUUAUAUUUGUGAUGAACAAAAUGUACAUGUUGAUAGCCUGCGUUGAUGACCUACCUGGAGUUCAGUUUGGAUUCUUGGGAAAAUUAGUGCACAUCGAACAUGAAAAGGAUAAAAUAAAGUGCAUCUGGCUAGAAUUCUACAAUAUGCCUCCAAAUAAUCUCUCAACUAACAUAAACAUCUGUAUUUACAAGCGAAAGAACAAGAUCAGUGAAAAAGCUGUACCCAUAAGAAGACAUACGUCCAAGAUUUUCGCGAAUGAUGAAAAAACGAUUAUCGGAACGAGAUGUCAAUUUCCACUGGUUUCUGCUUGGGCAAUGACUAUUAGCGACUCUCAAGGGUCACAUUUUAAUGAGAUCGUCUAUGAAUACAGUCGAGGUCACUCUCAGCAAGUUUUACACAUGGCAUUAUCACACAUCUCGAAUGUCACUAAACUCUACAUCGUCACUCCGAAUAAUGAUCCGACAUUUCAUCAGGGACGAAAGAAAGUAUCGAUCACAAGUUUACAGAAGUCUCGUGGAAUUGCUGUUGAGAAACCGAUGAUCAUGGCCAAAGCCAUCAUUGAUUUUAUCAACAGCAGAAGCCAGCUUGCGCUAUUGUCCUUCAGCUGUCAGGAUCUUAGGAAUUCAGAAGAUGUCAAUGCGAUUGUCAAUAUGAAAUCAAAAAUUCUACUCCUUGCGGAGAUGAGUUCGGAGAAAGAUGAGGCACUUGUCAUGCCUGACUUCAACUGCACAGCGCGGUUCAAACGAUCGGGAGCAAUUAGUGGUCCAGCUGCUAUCUAUCAAAGUGCUCGUGAUAGGACGAGAGUCGUCACAUGUCAUAUGGAUGUGUAUCUACGUCAAAGCACUUGUCUCAUUGUUAAUUCAAGCAGAGUUGGGGAAAUUUGUGCUGCCCGCUGCAAUCUGGAUAACAGUCAAACUAUUCUCACCGUCAUUAUGUAUGUGUCCGCGAAUCGAGAAAUCUCUCAAAUUAUUACAUUCCUGAAUGAAGUUCUUCUGAAAUACACUAUUCAAGGGGCUGCCUUACUUGGAACUGAUUUCGAUAAAAUUCCAAUUAUUUUGAGUGGAGAUUUCAACAUCGACUUUGAUUCCCCGGAGGCACAACCACUUGUUCAAUUUUUAGACACUGAAUUUAAUCUGAAAUUAACUCGCGAUGCUACAAGCACAAGUGUGAAAUCGAGGUCUAUAAUUAAUUCUGUUUUCUCCAGGUAUUUAGAGAAAUUACAAUUGACAACUUAUGUAUCAUAUUUUAGUUAUGACAGACCGAGCGAUUCUACCCAUGAAACUUUCCAAGAGAUGGAUAUUUUGUAAUUUCAUAUAAUAUCAUUAUUAGCCACCGUUUUGUCCCAUUUGUAUUAACUAAUAGUGCAAUGAUUUUGAGUAUUACAUUAUGAUUAUCUGUAAAUAUUAUUAGUAAAUAAAUGACACUGUACAUAAUAGUGUCUCUGUUUUUAAUUAUUCUCGUUAAAACUCAUAAUGAGCACUUCAAUAACAAAAAAUGUUCGAUAUUCAUUUUCCCUAUUAUCUCAUCCUCUCCUAUAGUAAAAAUGCUAAUCAAUAAAUAAUAAAUCUACAAAUAUUUUGAAAGGUUGAA